AUGGUAUAUUGUUUUUCAAACGCUGCUGAUAUUGUUGUUUAUUACAAUAAUCUUGAAUAUGUUUCCAAUAACUUGGGAUAUCUUGCUCCAAUGAUCACAACUUAUGCGAAAACAUUCACAUUAUGGAUCUCGCAAGAUAAAAUAAAACGCCUAAUAAAAAAGGUCCACUCACCGAUAGAAUUUCUAAAAUUCUCAUCAGAUUUGGGUGUGUUAACACAUGUACGUACGGCUAUUUUUUACCAAAAUUUUGAUUAUGUUCUAUUCAAUGGUGUAACAAUCAGCGUGACCUACGUAACAUUUUUCGCAAUACCAAGAGAAGAAGAUGAAUUGCCACUACGCGGGAUAUUUCCAUUUGAUGUCAGUGAAUUUCCAUUACACCAGUUAGCAUAUUUCAUUCAAAUUUAUACAAUAUUUGUCGGCUGCAUUUGGGCUCUUGUUUUCGAUACAACUGUUCUUGGAUUAACGAGAUGGAUAUACGUUCAAUUAAUGAUCUUAAAAUAUAAUUGUCGUCAUUGUAGCAUUGAAACAUAUGAUCGUGCUAAUUUUACAGUUUCUCCUGAAGCAUAUAACCACAUUUUAAAUUACAAUUGGUUUACCUUAGACAAGGAAAAGGAAUACGUAAUUACCACAUUCGUCCCUUUUUCAAGAGAAGAAGCUUACGUUAAAAACGAUUCCUUUGAGUUAAGAUUAAAGACAUGCCUGAAACAUUAUCGACGUCUUAUUUUAAAUGUUGACGAGUUAAAUGACACAUUUAGUGCUGUAUUGUUUGGAAUGAUAGCUGCUACCUUCUGUCUAGUUUGUCUCAAUCUCUUUUUAGCUGUUUUGGGAGAGUCUAUGUACAAAAGUAUAUAUGACUCUAAAUGGGAAAACCAUUUAAAUAAUGGUGAAAUCAAAAUAAAUAUCCUAAAUGCUUUACUCAUGGCACUCAAACCAUUAAGACUUUCAGCUGGAACGUUUUUCAUUUUUUCAAUGGAAACUUGGCUAUCGGUA